CUAUCGCGGUGGUAGGAGGAUUAGCGAUGAGUCUACUUUGGACAAAAGAGAAAUAUAUGCAGCCUUCGCAUUGUUCUAGGUGGCAACUUUGUCACUACUUUCAGCCAAGGAAUGAUCUAUGUAACAACAUUUGCUGGAUACUUCUGUUCCGUUUUGUAGCUCCGUUAUAAAGGUACCGUCAUCUUUCGGCACUGUUGGAGCACCGGGUGCUAGCCACCGCAAGCAAUCCUAGUGAGAGAACUGUAAGAGAGGGAGAAGAGAUCAGAGAGAGAAGAGUGACCAGUGGUGUGGGCAGAGAUGGGAGAACCAGAGUCCCUUAAGUUUGUCUCUCUGGAGGAGGAGGUGGACUACUGGAAGGAACAGACAGCCAAGCACCAACAGAGGGCUGAGGAGGCACAGGAGGAGCUGCAGGAGUUCCAGCAGAUGAGUCGUGACUACGAGGUGGAGCUGGAGACUGAACUCAAGCAGUGUGAAACACAGAACCGAGAACUCGUCACACAGAACAACAGGCUACACAUGGAACUGGAGAACUACAAGGAGAAGUAUGAAAGCCAGCACUCGGAGGCGUACCGUCAGAUCUCUACUCUGGAAGAAGACCUGGCUGAGACCACAGCCAUCAGAGACCAGCUCCAUAAAUACAUCAGAGAGCUGGAGCAGGCUAACGAUGACCUGGAGAGAUCCAAGAGGGCGACCAUCAUGUCUCUGGAGGACUUUGAACAGAGGAUGAACCACGUGAUAGAGAGGAAUGCCUUCCUGGAGAGCGAGCUGGAUGAGAAGGAGAACCUACUGGAGUCCGUUCAGAGACUGAAGGAUGAAGCCAGAGAUCUAAGACAGGAGUUGGCUGUCCAACAGAAGCAGGAAAGACGACCGUCCUUCGCUGUCACCAAAGACUCUUCCUCAGACAAGACUGAGGACAAAACUUCCCUCCAUACCUCUCAUUCAUCCACACGACCGCCCUCAUCCCUCCAUACCGCCCCUCCUCCUGCUCUCCCUCCAUUCCACCUCUCCACACCCUCCAGACCCCCCCCCCUCAGCAAGCCCCUUCACCACCCCCCCACCCUCUUACAGCAGAGGCGAUGGCCUGUCAGGUGCUCCUCUCACCACGUCGACACGUAUCUCAGCUCUCAACAUCGUAGGAGAACUGCUGAGGAAAGUCGGGGUAAGAUGCCGUUCAUUAAAUGUCUGCGGUCUUCUAAUACACACACUACACAACUACCCACCUACACACAACACCAGGGGUUCUCAACCUAGGGGGCGUGCCCACCAUAUGGGUCGUCAAUGUUUGGUGGGGGGGGCGGGACUUUCCUUUAUUUGAGGGGUAAUUAUUACUGUUUUCUUUUUACAGUUUGUGAUUUGUUUAUACAGAUCUAAAAUUAUGCAUAAAUCCGCAACGCUUUAGGCUAGCAACAAUGCAGUACAAUGCUUUAGGCUAGCAACAAUGCAGUACAAUGCUUUAGGCUAGCAACAAUGCAGUACAAUGCUUUAGGCUAGCAACAAUGCAGUACAAUGCU